AUGUCUCAAGCCAAGCUGUUCGUCAUCCCGCGUUCUGGCCGAAGGGGCUCAUCGCUGAUUUUCACCGCAGAACGCUCCGCCCACCGCCCAACGUUGAGUUACCCGGGCAUACCACCUGGGCCGGACCGCCCGCAGGCCGCAGUGAAAGGGGCAAUUGAACUGCGUGUCGCGCCCCAGGGAGUCAAGGCGAAAUGGGUCAGGAUUGAGAUGCGGAAGAUCGAGACCCUACCAGGCGGGGGUCAGAACAACGUUUUCGUGGACUUCGUGGGCCAGAGCCCGGUGAACGUUUGGCAGGCCAGUGAGGACUAUGCCAUGUUACAUACCCAAGACUUCCCGUUUUAUAUCCGGAUACCCGACACGAUACCCCCCAGCUUGGCUCUCGAAAAAGGAGCCGGCAUCAAGUACGAACUGAUCGCAACAGUGUGCAUAAAGGGCAAAAAAGGCUUUUUCCGUCGCGACAAAUCGAUCGUUCUAUCUACGACUGCUCCCAUCAUCAUCGAUAAGCAUGAACUGCACUCCGUUUGGCCUCUAUAUCAACAACCGGAGACGCGCAAGUUCACGCAGGACGGCGUGACCCUCACCAUCGACCGGAAUCAUACUUGCUACGGUCCCGGAGAUCGUGUUUCUGUCUCUGCGACCCUGAAAUCCGACAGCUUGCAUACUGUCAUUCUUCGUGGCUUCGAGUUUACGUUGAAGGAGACUACCGUCUUUCGUGCUGGCCCGCAUGCCACAGGCAAGAAGGCUGUCCCUCAGGUUCGUGUCUCCGUCAUUGGGGACCAGAAGGUGCCAGUGAACGCCACUCUGUACGGCGGCAACCAACACAAAACGGAACUAUCAUGUAUGAUACCGUCAAUGCACACUUCGACCACUCUCAACUCUGCACGACAUAUCGACAUCACAUAUAUUCUCGUCGUCCGGGCGUUGAUGGGCACUGGCAAACCCAUCAUCGUGGAUCUUCCUGUCAUGAUCUCUAACUGGCCGAGAAACGUCUCCGUGGAGGCUAUAAAACGAAUAGGGCCGACCCAGGCGCUUUCGCUGGUACAUCAGGGCCCGACAUCGCAAAGUUCUCCUCAGGGCGUUAUUGUCCAGACCCCUGCGAAUCCGCAAUACCCUAACACUGUAUCGGGAGUGGCAUCCAGGCCUGCUCAGGAAUUUGAUGCCGGUAAACAGUACACGACACUGGCCAGUACUGGGCAAAAUGGCUAUGGGGUGGAUGAGUUCGGCUACAACCGCCCUGCUAUGUCCAGUUCCGCUACGAAGGCUGGAGCGAAUGCUGUUCAGAAUUCGUAUGGCGCUGGAAGGCGACCCGGUUCUCCCGACGGGCCCAACGGAAACGAAGCCUCGAGAAUGUCCAUUUCAACGUCCACCAGUGGUCCCAAUGCACGCGUAGCACCGUCCGCGCAAUUUGCUCAACGCCGGUUCACCGUCACGAACAUCGACGAGAAUGAUUCGCCAGUCAGUUCUGACGAACACCUCGAGCCGGAAAAGAAGGCGCCGCCACCGUCGACACCGCCGCAAAACCAGUGGCUUACAGCCGAGCAAGAAAAGCAGCUGCUAUAUGAACGUGCGCGGGCCCAGGCUGAACGGACGCAAACGAUGGCCGCCAAUCCUCUUGCACCUAUGGCUCUACCAAUAAAUCUGCAUCAGGAUGCAGGACCUAUCAUGUCAUCGCCUGGGCCUGUGCCCAAACUCGCGAAUGGUUGGAUGCCUGCAGAGGAAGAGAAGCAGCGACUGUAUAACGAGGCUACAGCGCUUGCUGCGCGCACGCAAGGUUACGCUUCAUCCCUGCACAACCGGACGAAUUCACAAGGAUCGCAUGCCUCGAUGGCCCGGACAGGAUCACCUCAACCCGGCUUCCCGCCUGCUCAGAGCUUAUACGGCCAGGUACCCAACGGACGGUCGGUUGGCGGAAGCUCCGCAUACCCGACUCCUGCUCCGAGCACACACUCGCCGCCUCGAACAGGCCCUGCGGCGCUCUCCUCACAACCACAGUAUGCAUCCGCCGAGCAAGAGAAAGCGAUGCUGCGUCGGUACGAAGAAGCCAGGGCCGCGGUGGACCGGGUGCAAAGUUACGGCGGAUACGAACAGGAACCCGUCGCAGGAGGGUCAGGCGCUGCGUCAACCUCGGAUCCUAUACCAUAUGACGCCCUAUUCCCGGCUCCACAAAACAUGGCAGGUUCUGGCGCCGCAUCCGUCGACAUGCCGCCUGCAUUCAAUGUAGGAAAACCAUACACGUCUGCUCUGGACGAGAAGGAGCGCGCUCGGCGGUACUACGAAGCACAAGAUGCCGUUGCGCGGGCGCAACAUCCGUACGCUAACGGAGGCAGGCACUCACCUCCUCCGCCAGCGCCCACUCCCAGUUACAGCGGCAGCAGCCAGCAGCCAUUAUCAGAAAAGGAGGUGUUGCGCAGGAAGUUCGAAGCGGACGAUGCUGCAGCGCUGCGCUCCGGCCCUCCUCCCCAACCUCCCCCCCGGGGUGCGCCGCCUCCACCUGGAUCGCCGCCUCGGGGGAUGAACCCGCGCGGAGGCUCGGGUGCGGGAAACAGUGGGCUCCGAUCCCCACUUCCGGUGCCCGGAUCGCCGGUGCCUUCAUCCGGUUUCCCUGGCGGCUUCAAGCCCCUGACGGCGGCUGAAGAGAAGGCGCGGCUCAAAGCCCAGUAUGAGGCGGAGGACCGGCAGUCGGGUGCCUCUUCGUCCUCGGGGCCGCCGCCGAGUCAAUAUGCUUCUAUCCCUCCGCCUCCACCUCUGAUGCCGCGCCCGCCGAAGGAGUAUAUCCAAGAGACCCAGGCAGCAAACGCACGCUCCCAGCAGGGCCAUGACCUCGCGGAUGUCGCGGGUUUGUCAUCUGCGACACCGCAGAUCGACUUGACCAUGCGCCCGUUCACGCCUUUCACUCCUGGCUUCGACACUGUCUCGCCACCCCCUGGUCCUCCACCCCCACUACCUCCCAAGGUCUCCGCUGAGUGA